GGCGCGCACCCCGGCGGCGCGGAUCGCAGGGAGCCGCUCCGCGACCGGAACGGGAUCCGGGGCGUGCGCGUGUGGAGACGGCGCGGGGCAGACGGGCGCGAUGAACACGGUGCUGUCGCGGGCGAACUCGCUGUUCGCCUUCUCGCUGAGCGUGAUGGCGGCGCUCACCUUCGGCUGCUUCAUCACCACCGCCUUCAAGGACCGGAGCGUCCCGGUGCGGCUGCACGUCUCGCGGAUCAUGCUAAAAAAUGUAGAAGACUUCACUGGACCUAGAGAAAGAAGUGAUCUGGGAUUCAUUACCUUUGAUAUAACAGCUGAUCUAGAGAAUAUAUUUGAUUGGAAUGUUAAGCAAUUGUUUCUUUAUUUAUCAGCAGAAUAUUCAACAAAAAACAAUGCUUUGAACCAAGUUGUCCUUUGGGACAAGAUUGUUCUGAGAGGUGAUAAUCCAAAGCUGCUGUUGAAAGAUAUGAAAACAAAAUACUUUUUCUUUGACGAUGGAAAUGGCCUCAAGGGAAACAGGAAUGUCACUUUAACUCUGUCUUGGAACGUUGUACCAAAUGCUGGAAUUCUACCUCUUGUGACAGGAUCGGGACACGUAUCUGUCCCAUUUCCAGAUACAUAUGAAAUAACGAAGAGUUAUUAAAUUAUUCUGAAUUUGAAACAACAUAUUUUUAUACUUAAUGAAUCAUAUUUCAUUUAUCUCUUCCCUGGCAUCUUCGUUUUGUUUUGGUUGUUAAUUUUUUUUUUUGUGGAUGGGGGUGUAUAUAUAUAUAUGAAGUAAUGUCAAAAGGCGUAUUUGAAGGGAAAGGUUAAAACAUGCCACUUAAUUUUAAAAACAAAACAAAGAAGGCCACCAGAAUGAAGUAUUAUCUUACAAGAAUAAGACUAUAUAAUAAGGAUUUGUAAAAAACUUACAUGUGAAGUAUUCCUGUAUUUCCAUUAUUCUUUAUGGAAUACAAAGUGAGCAUGAGGGGUAGUUAAAACUUUGAGGUGCCUGUGGAGUCAUAAGAUCCGUCUUGCUUACAUGCAAGUACACAUUGGGUACGAUUUACAAGUCCACGUUCUCUCUUUCUCUCUUUUACGGUAUGUCUGAUUACUGGAAAAAUUAAUAAGGCUCUUUGUGAGAAGCCUGGUUUACAAAGUAGCCAAAAGUGAUGGAAUUUUAGUCCAUUUGUUUUAGGAAUUCCCAUAAUGCUUGUUUUUCUUUCAGAUGACUAGCAACUUUCUCCACUUAAAGACUAAAUACCUCUUAAAUGCUGUAAAUCAUAACUCAUUUUAAAGUCUCUUA